AUGCAGUUAUCCUGGAAGCCAGGAUAUUCUCUCUCCAAUAGGCCCGUGAGAAGGUCAGCAGCCCGUAGGACCAAUAGGGGUCGGUUGGGAAACGCAGAUGGACCUCAGCAAUUUGUGUUCAUUGCAGAGCACCCUAUGAGAGAUCGUAAGACCAUGCACUUUCCACCAGCCAUCAUUUAUCCACCCUCCGGAGCGCCUGUUGAACCUAUCACUAAUUACGAGCCCAAAAACUCAGAAUCCGAUGUCAACGUUUCCGAGGAAGCCAGCCCCUCCCUAGAGACGCCAUUUGGGGUCUCGGGUGAUGCAUCGCCGACCAGAGCUGCUGAUUCCCCCGACCCUGAGACCGAUUCUAGGACCGCCAAAUUCCAACUGCCCCGCUGCAACAGCGAAGACCACGGCUUAUCCCCACGUUCAUCCAAAUCGACAGACGACGGACGGCUACAGUUAGCUGAGGAAGAAAACAUCGGCCUUGGCGCCUUCUGUGAAUGGUCGAGUCAAGUCGCUAAUAUAGAGCCAAGUCCCGUGGCAGCUUCAGACCUCCCCUACGCUACUACAUCUAUACCACCGAGCGUACUGUACAAUAGUAUUUGUCAGCGGUUUGGGCUUAUUCUUGAAAGAUACAACAUAGAAUUCUGCAAGAUCCCCUUAACGUCCGACAUGCAGAUGAAUCCGUUUCGAUACCACAGAACCAUCGUUCCGGAACCCAUCUUUCUGGUCCAUGCGGUGAUGGCUUUAGCGGGUCAUCAUGUUAAGAGUCCAUCAACCGAUGACCAUCGCCAUACAGCAUUAAAACUCCUCCGCGAGAGCCUCGACGCGUCCGGUAAUGUGGAAGAUGGCUCCUCUAUGCUUGAUGCGAUUAUGAUCUUAUUUUCCUUCGAUGAAACUCAAUCCACCCUUGGAUACUGGAGCACACAUCUUAAGGGAGCCUAUGGCCUCAUUGAAGCGCACGGGGGAAUCGAAGCAUGGACCACGUCCGCUCGGGCAGAGGCUCAAAUAGGAUUGCUGUUAUGGUGGGAUGCCAUCACCAGUCUCUUGUCCCGGGAAGACUGCGUGUUGCCGUACGCAUACGUCGAAGCCGUCCAGUCGAACCCCGAUGGUCGGAAGUGGAAUUUCUUUGACCUCUGUGGGUGCCCACACAGUGUAGUCACGCUGGUCAUGCAAGUGGUGCGUCUGAGUGCCGAAAAACGCCAAUCGUCGUCCAUGCGGUACGUGACCUUCGACAACACGGUGAUUGCUCAAAUCGAGCGAGCGCUUGAGUCCUGGCAUCACAUCUCCCCUGCCGCACUUGACUUCGGCAGCGAAGAGGACAUCCAGCAAGACCAAGAUUGUAUGCACUGCUCGGAGGCAUGGAGACUCGGCCUGCUGCUCUACAUCUACCGCGUGUUCCGAUGGGAGCCGGGAACCCCGAUUCCAAUGCACGUUGUCCGUUGGGCCCGGGUCAUUGUGGACCAUGUGGUCGCAUGUCGCGACGAGAGCAUGGUCUCCCGGCAGGCGUUGCUGCCGCUCUUCUUCGCUGGCUGCGAACAACGCGAUCGAUCGGUACGGCAAAAGAUCGUGCAUUUCUGCUCGGUGUGGAACGACCGGACACGGUAUCAGAUGUUUGGCAGUACCAUCCCGUUGCUUGAAGAAGUAUGGGCGGAGCAGGAGGUGAAGGGCUUUGAGAACGUGUGGUGGGGUCACGUCGUGGAUCGACAACACACCUCCGCGUCUUGUUAUCCGUUGCAAGUGCGGCUUUGCUUUGGAUGA